ACCCUUUUCGUUGCGUGCCCGCUGCGUCGUGCCGUGCCGUCCCGUGUGGCGCAUCGGCGAUUGCAUUCCUCUGCGUGCGCGGGGAGAGAGGGGUGGAGUAUCCGUAAUCCGUAGAUAGAUAGGUACUUUACCUUGGGUACGUAGCCGGACGAGCGGGGACGCGGGCGCGGGCGCGGGGGAGCCGGGCUUGCCCGAUGGGUAGGUAUGUGAGCAGGCGUGUGUGUGUGUGGAAGCGGAUACAACGGCCGUGUUUGGGUUUGGAUUUGGGUUUGAGUUUGAGUUCGGGGUGUAGGUGUGUGUGCCUGCGUGCGCGUGUGCCAGAGCCUGCCUCUGCCCCUGUGCCUGGCAAGAGGUUUGCUUGUUUGCUCAUUCGCUUGCACCGAAGCGUGUGCCGCAGUCGCAUCUGUCAGCUGCUUCUAGCAUUUUCUUACCAACCUACCUACCAACCCACUUACCUGCCUAUGACAGCUCGCUCGCCUCUUCUCUGUGGCGACUGGCGUGGCGACUGGCAACCACAGGCAAAAGGCAACAUGCAACAGGUAGGUAGGCAAGCAGUCCAUGCCCCCUUAGCAGCGGCACGCCGUACGUCGCUGUCUCGGAGCGCGGAGCACGAGGCGUGCCUACCCACCCACCUAGUGAUCCAGUGAUCCAGUGACCACCCUUCCAGGUAAGCAUGGCACGGCAGCGUCGCAUAACUACCUAAGGCACCUAGGUAGGUAGGUAAGUAGGCACCUAGGUUGCGUGCUGGCCGAUGGCCGAUGGACGGGUACCUAGGCGAGCCAGCGGGUGGUCCUGUAAUACACAGACAACUGCUUGCUCGCUGCUUGCGUGUGUUUGGGUGCGUGGCAAUAGAGAAGUCCUACCUACUUAUGUUA